AUGCUUCCCUUGGUCGUCUUCGCCCUCGCUGGCCUCGCUGGCCUUGCAACCGCCCGCAGCCUCCCACCAACCUCUGGCCUACACUCGCGACAAUCCAGCCCGCUCCCCCGCAAUUUCUCCUGGACCUCCUCCAAUGUGCUCGUGACGCCUAAAAAUGACGACCGCAACGUCGCAGGCAUCAAAGACCCGUCCAUCAUCCAGCACAAUGGCGUAUACCACGUCUUCGCCAGCACGGCCAAAGAAGCCGGCUACAGUCUCGUCUACUUCAACUUCACCGACUUUGCUGCCGCAAACCGCGCACCCUUCUUCUACCUUGAUCAGUCGGCUAUUGGGACGGGGUACCGGGCAGCACCACAGGUGUUUUACUUUGCACCACAGAAACUCUGGUAUCUCAUCUAUCAGAAUGGCAAUGCCGCAUACAGCACGAAUGCAGACAUAAGCAAUCCAGCUGGGUGGACGGCGCCCAAAGUUUUCUAUCCAAACGGCACGCCAGCCAUUAUCCAGGAGGGGCUUACGAAUCCGCAGCAAGGAUAUUGGGUUGACAUGUGGGUGAUCUGCGACGACAAAGACUGCCAUUUGUUUUCGUCGGAUGAUAACGGGAGGCUGUAUCGCAGUCAAACGGCUGUUGGCAAAUUCCCAGAAGGAAUGAGCGAACCGGUUAUUGCAAAGCAGGACCAGAAGAAUGAUUUGUUUGAGGCGGCCACUGUGUACUCGGUGGGCGCAUCUAGUUACCUACUAUUGGUCGAGUGCAUCGGCGCUGGGGAGUCACCUGGUGGAAUGAGAUAUUUCCGUUCGUGGACAUCCAACAGUCUGUCUGGGGAGUGGGCUCCGCUUGCUGCUACACAGCAGAAUCCUUUCAUGGGCGAGGCAAAUGUCAAGUUUGCGGAUGGUCAGAAGUGGACUAGGAGUAUCAGCCAUGGAGAGAUCAUUCGGUCUGACGUGGACCAAAAGCUGAAGAUCCCAACAUCAGGACUUAGAUUCAUGUACCAAGGUAUCGAUCCUGCAGCGAGUGCAACAUACAAUGCGCUCCCGUGGAAGCUGGGUCUUUUGACCCAAGACGCAUAG